AUGUCAGUUCACAGAUGUGCCGUGCUAAAGUUGAUAUUUGUAACUUGCCUUCUGAACGACUACUGUGUGGAGUUAACGACAACUGUUCCUCAUCCAAACUCACACGUGCAAGACUGUACAGCCUGCGAGUCACCAGCGAUACGCCGUCACCGGGAAAACAAGAUACAGAUUGGGGUUAUACUUCCUUUCUCAGGCGAUUACGAGUACAGGUUGGAUCUGGUGCGUCCGGCUUUGGAACAUGCCCGGGAAUAUAUCUACAGUAAUACAAGCUUGAUCCGAAACUACACAAUGGAGUUUGACUACCGUGAUUCGAAAUGCUCAGAAACGCACGGCCCACUGGAAGCUAUUGAUAUGUAUACCAAGAAAUCAGCUGAUCUAUUUCUGGGGCCUGCCUGCGAUUAUGCCAUCGCCGUCGUUGCCAGGUUCACCCGCUUUUGGAAUAUACCUAUCAUCAGUGCUGGGGCCUUAGUAGCAGCUUUCAUUAUGGGCAGUUUUGAUAAGUUGGCAGAAUUCGUAUUGUCCGUGCUUAUCCAAUUUCACUACAAACAGAUUGGAAUGAUAACUUAUACAAACAAAAACGAACUGCAUGGGAAAUCCACUUGCUGGUUUACCAUGGAGCCCAUUUAUCUGUUAGUCCUCACGCAGCUCAACUCGAAUCUGUCAAUGAAAUACGUGGAGACUUUCGACGACACAGACAGCCCUGCAAAAUUCGAAAAGAGUCUCAAGGAAUUAUCAAACAAGUGCAGAGGUGAGGUGAAUUCUAGCAAUUUGAUUUAG